AUGGAACCAGACAACCAAACCAGGGCAUCUGGGUUUAUCCUCCUGGGACUCUCAGAAAAGCCAGAGCAGGAGGCCCUCCUCUUUGCUCUGUUUCUGUGCAUGUAUGUGGUCACAGUAGUGGGGAACCUGUUGAUCAUCCUGGCCAUCGGCUCAGAUGCUCGCUUCCACACCCCCAUGUAUUUCUUCUUAGCCAACCUCUCCUUGGUUGAUUUUGGCUUGGCCACCAACACUGUCCCCAGAAUGCUGGUGAGCAUCCAGAUCAGGAGCAAAUCCAUAUCUUAUCCUUGCUGCCUGACCCAAAUGUACUUUUUCCAUUUCUUUGGCAAUGUCUUAAUGGCCGUGAUGGCUUAUGACAGGUUCAUGGCUAUCUGUCACCCCUUACAUUAUGCCACCAUCAUGAGCCCACGCCUCUGUGGCCUGCUGGUCGGUGGCCCAUGGGUGUUUUCCUGCCUCAUCUCCCUCACCCACAUCCUCCUGAUGGCCCGUCUGGUCUUGUGUGGCAACAAUGAGUUGCCUCAUUACUUCUGGGACCUCAGUCCGCUGCUCAGACUUUCAUGCACUGACACCUCGGUGAACGAGAUCUUUGUGCUCAUUGUGGCAGGGAUGGUGAUAGCCACACCUUUCAUCUGCAUCCUGGCCUCCUAUGCUCGCAUCAUUGCGGCCAUCAUGAAGGUCCCCUCUGCAGGUGGCAGGAAGAAAGCCUUUUCCACCUGCAGCUCCCACCUGUCCGUGGUCACCCACUUCUAUGGGACCACCAUUGGGGUCUAUCUGUGUCCUUCGUCUGUCUGCACAGCCGUGAAGGAGAAGGCAUCCGCUGUCAUGUACACCGCAGUCACCCCCAUGCUGAACCCCGUUAUCUACAGCCUGAGGAACACAGACCUGAAGGGGGCCCUGAAGAAACUUUUUAACAGAAAAAUCACCUCAUCUUCUUGA